GGUGCCUGCUAAAUGCUAAGAGUUUCUGUGUUAUGUUCUGUGUAAUUGUUCAAGAGAAGGUUUCAACUGCAUGGACUAAGUAUACCAGCUUAAGUAGGGUGCCAACAGUCAUUCCACGUUUGCUCACUAGGAUCGUUCUGACCGUCCAUCUAUGGAGGAAUAGCUCAUUUACACGCAUGGUUGGUUGCAUAAUUAUGUUUUGUGAAGCCGAGUAGUCUAUAGUGUUCAUCUCUGAGAAAAAGUCUGAGACUAGUAUGGAACCAGGAACUCCUACAGAAAACCGAUCAAAAACAGCCUGUGGCAGCCACUUGGCACGAACAGUUAUAGAUGACUUUUUUCUGACCUAUUG